CAGGGGAAAAGCGCAAGUCCGUGACGGAAGUUUGUUUUGGUUUUUCGCGUGGUACCAUGUUGUACCAUCUUGUACCAGAAAGCACUGUCAAAACUGUCAAAAGUGGGUUGUUUUAUUUUGAGGUUGGAAACAUUCUGGCUGUGGUUGGAGGUUCCGAAAUAUCGCUGCAAAAAGUGGGAAAUUCUCCGAAUUUCUCCUUCCUUUUCUUGAAAUUCGCGAGGCAUUUUAUUCGCCAUGACUUCACCGGGUCAUUCAAUACAGCGUGGGUGAGAGCAAAGGUUUUCCCCGACCCAAUCGUGCGUCCGUUUUCGUUUCGUUUCGUGCGUGUGUUCCCGUGUGGGGUUUUCCGAGUCGCUGCGAUACACACAGCUCGGCAUUGCCCGGGAUUAGUGCCGUGAAUCGUUCAAAUUCGUCGACCGCGAAGCGUGGGGCGAAGUGCAGUAUCUCGUUCGUUCGGCAACGGAACGGACCGGGUGAAGGGGGAAGCAGCCCGCCCUGACAUUCCUCCGCGGCGGGCGGCGCCAUUAUCUGGCGCUGAGCAACAACAGGCUAGAGUGAAACGGCGGCAACAGCGCAACAUAGCAGGCGUCGCGAGUGAGACAGAGACCGCGCUAGCGAGCGUGCAACAGGAGAAGAAGCGUUUGUGUAGUGGACGGGCCCCGAAGGGUUGUUUUCCGCGAUCGUGGCGGCAUCUUGAUCCCGAAACGGACCGAAAAUGAGCAGCAACAGCUAUCGGUUGGACGCGCUGGAUCAGCUUUCGGAUGACGAGCUGCGGUUGCAGCUGGUACAGUACGGUUUUCCCACCAUGCCCGUCACCAGCACAACGCGGAACAUUCUCAUCAAGAAACUCCGUCACCACUUGGAAGAGGAGAAACGGAAGGUGCGCCGCGAAUCAUCCCAGGCCGCCCGGUACAGCUCGGGUGAAGAGUCGGACGGCACCGACGGUCGUAAGCUGGGCGGAAGCGCGUCGGCCCGCAAAACGUUUGGAAGAAGCUCGCGGGUUACUUCGAUGGCGGCACCACCGGCACCGGCACCGGGUAACUCGAUGAAGCGAGGUCUUAAAAGCAGCAUAUCAUCAUCCACAUCAUCAUCAGCAGCGGCAGCAGCAGCAACUGCAGCUCAGCAUAGUCUUAGUAACCAUGGCAGCUCGCCAUUUCUGGCAGCCAACGGUGGUGGCAACAGCAGUGGCGGCGGUGGCGGUGGUGGCGCCAAGAAAGGAUCUCUCUCGCCCAGCUCAAUCUACAUCUCACCGGUCAUCGUACACGACGGCGAUGAGGAUGACUUUGCAUCGUCCACUUUGCGUAACCCUCCGCGAGCAUUCGGAAGCACAUCGUCACCAUCGUACCAAAGCUCGUUGUUCCGCCAAACGGCACUGGCCGCUCAGAACGUAACGCCACCGUCGAUGGCGGCCAACAACAGUGACUCGAACGGUUCCAAUGGGUCCGGUGGUUCCGGUGGUGACUCUUCACCCCCGUACGUAAGCGAUUACACGAAGCGUCUCAUGCAGCUACGGGGCGAAACGGUAUCCCAGGAGAACUAUAACAGUGCGAUCGGAGGGAUCAUCAGUCGGCGAAGCAGUAGCGCUUUAGGAGGUGGUGGAGGGGGAGGCGGAGUGGGAAUAGGAUCGUCGCGUUACACGAUCGGUCCACCAACGGCCUCCAAUUCUUCCUCACACCCGCUGCACCACCCUUCCCGGGUACCGGUACAUCCGUUGCAUUAUCGGAGUAGUACUGGCACUGGCGGCAGCAGCAGCAGUAACACCGGCAGUUUCAAACCACUCGGUGGCAUGCCAUCGGCACUGGUGAGCGGGAACCAUAUCCGUCAACGGUACAGCCGGCUAAUGCACGGUGGACAAGCGGCAGAGGUCGAUGAGAACGAUAUCGUUACGCACGCACAACCCUCCCCGGAACCACCGACGGCCAGUGGUGUCCCGUUGCGAGUGGCCUUCGGUAAUUUGCUAACGCGCCUCGACGAGCACUAUGGUUUCAAGCAAACGUUCGUCCCGUGUGCCCUACUUUGCCUGCUCGUCGCUUUCCUCGUCUCGGUCGCGCUCAUGUACAUGACGAUCAGCACGGAUCUGGCGAGCACCCUCAGUUCGAUCGAUACGCGGUACGAUGUGUGCGACUGGAGCAGUGAGCUCGGCAUCGGCGAAGGCGAUCCUCACGCAGCACCAGCACCGGAAAGCGGAACAACCUGUGUCGACGAGAGCGACGUCCUGCCGGCACUGGAGCUCCUGAAGCUGAUCGGUGAAGAGCUAAAACAGCGUGUCGAAGCGUAUCACUGUCGCCGUGGUGACGUGGACAGGGCCAUAGGGAUGACGACCAAGUUGCCACUUGCAGCGUCGCUUAUGUCGCCGACGGACGUACUGAAGCUGGCCAAGGAAAACUCACCGUCCGUCCUGAUACCGCAGCUGACGCGCCAUCUGCACGCACUGGAGUACCUGAUCGAUCGGAACCCGCAGUGGCGCAUCGAUCAUACCGAUGCCGACGGACAGCCGCUC